AUGGAACAGCAUUCAGUCACAUGUACGAUCCUUUUUUUGCUCCUGACACAAUAUAUCCUCCACACCGACACAUCAAGGCCCACGUUUCGGCCGACUAGACUCGUAUCGUAUUCCCUGCCCCAGAAACGAGAGCUCAAGAAGGCCCUGGGGUUCAACGAGGAUGUAUACUUAAACUUCACAGAACUUACCGACAAGUACGGGUAUCCCACUGAAGUACACAAAGUGACAACGGACGAUGGAUAUAUUUUAGAUGUGUUUCGAAUAUUACCAAAGUGCAGUGACUCGGCUAGAUCCUAUCCAGUGUUUUUGUUGCAUGGAAUUUUUGAUACGGCAGACAUGUGGGUUGUCACUGGAACGAAGACAGGUUUGGGCUACGUUCUAGCUAGCAACUGCUAUGAUGUGUGGGCAGGGAACCACAGAGGCAACUUUUAUGCUAGAAGACACGUUAAGCUUGACCCGAACACAGAUCCAGAUUACUGGAACUAUACAUUCGAUGAACAUGGACGCUACGAUGUACCCGCAAUUAUCAAUUACAUUCUUCGCUCCACUGGACAUUCCAAGUUAUUCUACGUUGGACAUUCUCAAGGUAGCACUAAUUACUUUGUUAUGAGUUCUUUACGACCGGAGUACAAUGACAAAGUUAGGGUUGCCGUAAUGUUAGGUCCUGUCGCUUGGUUGAAGAAUUAUGAGAACCCUAUAGCACGUUUACUUGCACAAAACCACGUUGCGAUAAAAGCCUUUGUAGAUAAUGCGGGAUUAAAUGAAAUAUUCGGUAGGGAACAUUUUGUACAUUUUGUUGUCGAGUUCCUGUGUGAGUUAGCUCCAAAUUUUUGUGAUCUAGGGCUUUCGUUAACAACUGGUUAUAAGCAAGGAACUAUUCCUUUAAAAGAUAUAUCAGUAGCGAUGGGCCAUUUGUUUAGUGGUACUUCAAUAAAGAAUUUGGCGCAUUUUGCGCAGCUGAUAGUAAGUAGAAAUUUCCAACGUUAUGAUGAGGGUGUUACAGGGAAUUUGGAGCGGUACGGUUCCCGCAAACCCCCUCGAUACAAUGUUUCUAGAAUUUCCUCCCCAAUAGUGUUAAAUAGCGAAAAUAAAAAGCAGCUCUCAGUUGAACCUUGCGUUAAUAUAUCAGGUGACAGCAGCACCUUCGAAUGGCUGUCCACCUUGAACGUUGCAUCUCGAUUACCAUAG